ACUCGACGUGUGAGCAGGGGUGGUCCUGGAGCUCGGAGGGGAAGGCCUUCCUCGAUCUAUUUAUUUUCGCUCUUCUCUCCCCCCCCCCCACGCAUUUCACGUCGAUGUGUGUGUUUGGUGAACGUGCUGCCGGACGCUGCUGGAUCUCCCGGAGCCGUUAGGUGUCGACUCGAACCCCGGGUCGCCCCCGUCGCUGAGCUCGCCCGUCGAAACGUCCCGACGUCCAGCUGAUCGCUUCUCCGGGACUCGUUCGAUUCCUCCGCUUCCGACGCUCGGUUCCGCUCGACCGGAGGAUUCCUGCGGUCCGCUCCGCCUCAGGCCCGUGGACCGUGACACAAAGAGGACAUUUAUCCGUGUUUGUGGAUCGUUGCCCCCCCCCGGGAUCGACCAGGCCCCGGACUCAUCCUCCAGCCUCGCGUUUCCUCAUCGCUGCUUCCCUUGUGUCGGAGCCAUGGGAGACACCAGCGAACGAAGCAAGCCCCCGGGGCUCCCUCCGCGGUGCCCCUGCGGAUUCUGGGGGUCCAGUAAAACCAUGAACAUGUGCUCCAAAUGUUUCGCUGACAUCCAGAAGAAGCCGCCAGGAGAGGACUGCACCCCCACGCCUAUCCAAAGCACUGGGAGUAGCCAAUCAACCAUUUUCAGUAGCGAGACGAGCAGUAGCAGUAGCCAGUCCCUAUUGUCGUCGCCGCCCCCUAGCUCUGAGAAACCAUCAGCCGAAGAGCCCUCGCCAUCGUUUCCCAGCACGAGGGAAGGCGCGUCGUCCACAGACACAGCCCAGGGCACCCUCUGCACACCCACAAAACGUCCACGAGAAUCAGCCUCGGGCUCGGAGAGCGAGGCGACGCCAGAGAAGCGGCCUCGGGCAGACGAGGAAGAGGGGGGCAGCGAGGAGGCCCGCGGGACGCCCAAGCAGAAGAACCGCCGACGCUGCUUUCGCUGCCAAACCAAACUAGAGCUGGUGCAGCAGGAACUGGGCUCCUGCCGCUGUGGCUACGUGUUCUGCAUGCUCCACCGUCUACCUGAGCAGCACGACUGCCUGUUCGACCACCUGGGCCGCGGCCGCGAGGAGGCCGUCCUCAAGAUGGUGAAGCUGGACCGAAAGGUGGGCCGCUCGUGCCAACGCAUCGGGGAGGAGUGCUCCUGAUUGGUCACGCCGUGGCCAGCCAUCCAGUGAAGAGAUGAGGCGCUUACUAGGAGGAGGAGGAGGAGGAGGAGGAGAAAGAGGAGGAGGUGGUGGUGGUGUAGGGAGAGCGAGGAGGAAUGACAAAGGGGGUGAUGGUGGGAGGGAGGGGGGGUGGGGAGGGAAGAAGAAGAAGAAGAAGAAGAAGAAGAAGAGGAGGAGGAGGAGGUGGAGGAGGUGGAGGAGGGAGCACGGUCGUAACAUCCUGCAUCUGACCUGACGAUUCUGGAUCUGCGCUUGACGGCGCCCUGUUGUCGACCCCGACUUCUCACCCGGAGCGUCUGUGCGGACUUGGCUCUGGGCGAGGCAGUUUGGGGCCAACAGGGGGCCCCCCCGGUGGCUGCCCGUGGAGUCACGUUCAGUAUCGCAUGUUCACACACAGCCUUAACCCCCCCCCCCCCCCCCCCCCCCCCCCCCGCCAUCUUCAGAGGGGGGACGCCGCACAGACGGAUCCAGUCAGACGUACAUCACGCACAUGGUUUCCUCCUCUUGCUCACGCUCCUUUUUUCCAGAACAGGAAGUUACGGAAAACGAACAGUUGUAGCGUUCGGCUGAACUGAUCCGUUUGGAUUCUCAUUCAACUGAGUUAUUGUUUGUUGAUUUUCAUUUUUCCAUUUCUUGGUCGCGGGUGCGGGGUCCAGCUCUAUCCCACGACCAGUCCUCAGGUCGUCAUCAGGGGGUUGGAGUAUCAAACCUGUAACCCCACCUUCCUCUCGUUUCGUUUCCUUCUUCCACCAACAUUUAGGUCCAUGCACGGCAUCACCAAACGUUUUGUGCUCAUGCAUGGUACCAGCAGUGUAUUUGUGCAGGUUUGAGUGUGUCGUACGGUAAAGUGAGGCAGUGCAAGGAUGCUGUCAUGGUUUGAUUUCUUUCUGUUUUUCAUGUGGCCGUCACGGUGAUUAGCUUGUUUUUACUUCUACACCACGGCGUCGUGGAGGACAAUACAGCCAAUCCCUGCCUCUGCUCACAUGGACUGUUGACAAAAAGAAAAAAUACAAAUAACUAUUUAAAAAAAAAAAAAAUCCACACUAAUGGACAAGAGUAAUAACUCAGAUAAAUCCUCUGUGUAGCAGAUCCUCUCCCCCCCCCCCCCCUUUUUUCAAUUUACUGAGUGGUACUGUUGUUCUUGGUGCAUUCAGGGGAACGCAACUGAAUUUUUGUAUUCAAAUGAAGAGUUCUUCUCCAAAACGUCAUGUGUUCAUUAAGACAAAUAAUCUAAAGUUCAUAAUGGAUGGUUUCACCAGUGUGCGAAAGAGAAUACAUAAAAUAACCUACUACCCUUUGAAUAGCUCUAUAAUUUAUUUCUUAUUUUGUGUUUUUUUGAGAGUAGAAUCAGGUGUCAGAUCGGGAACAUAAUCAUAAAGUAUGAGGCGAUGAAAUCGGAGAGAGACAGGUUUUCAAUCGGUGAUGUCAUAUUGAUACGCAGCACCUGCAAACGUUUGUUUUAAAGAUGAGAAAUUAACCAAACUCUGGUUAUUGGGGAGAUUUUACACCUGAAACCAAAUUAGACAAAAUAACACCAGACAGGUGUUGGUAAAAUCUUUAAAAUUUCGGUUAAGUAACCAAACUUCUAUCGGUUCCUUCAGUCCUCUACUAACGAACCCGAUGAAGUGCAUGUUUUUGUUUUUAUGAUGUUUCUGUUGGACCCGGUCGGGGGGGGUUGCACGUCUUGUUGACACCACUGCUUCAAACUGCAGCUGCUCUCCGGGUCUGAUGAUGCUGCAGAAAUGAAACGUGAAUUCUCAAAUUGAGUUGUUUCUCCCUUUUCCUCAGAUGUUUAGUUUUGCUCUGCUGGACUCUGUGCUGUGCAUAUUGUUCAAAUACUUCUUCCUUCCUUCUCCUCGAAGGGGCCGUUUCACCUCAAUCAACAUUUUUCUGUUUGACUUUUUCAAAGCCGAUAUUUGCUUCUUCGGAUUUUAAUUUGGUUUUCAUUGUAGGCAUAUUAAAAGCUAUUACUUUGCAGGAAGUCCUAUUUGAUUAUGUUGGAUUGCCACUGUUUCCUUUUUAAUUUGAAGAACUCAAACAUGAAGCAGUAGAUUUCCUCGUUUGGAAGGAAAAUUCGAUUUAAUUUCUUCUUUUGCAAAAUAAUUAUGUAAACGUUGAUGGAGGUGGACGUCCCUAUAACCAGACACCACUUAACUAUGCUAAUCCUCAUGCACACGUUAUCGUCUCCUCUCUCCCUCAUCUCCAACCACGCCCCCUCCUCCCCUCUUCUCCAAUAAGAACACAGCGAAGGACAAAGGGAGUCAAGAGAUUCUGGCUGGUUCUUGUUUUGAUAUUUGAAUAUUUGACAAAACAUGUUCCUUUUUUUUCUUUUGUUUGAGUGCUAAUGAGAAAUGGAAGAAAUUGAGUAUCUUUCUGUACCUUUUAAAGAAAAUUAUUUAACCAUAUAUCAGUUUGAGUUACUUAACACCCUAUAGCAUAGAGUGGCAUAUUUAGUUAAAUGUAUAAAAAAAAAGCAAGACCAUAAUUCUGUCAUAUUUUCUCCUUUAAUUUUAUCGUGUUCCAUUUUCUGCUGAGGAAAAUAAACUGGAUUAGAGGAUA